UUAGUACAUCAAGUAAAAAACGUUGUAUUCUCAUGAUACAUGUAUACCGAGAAUACAACAUCUGGAAUCGGAGGUUCAAACGAGCUCUAAGGACGGUCCCAACAGUCAUUAUUAAAACCCAGCCAAAUCCAUAACUAUGCAAUGGAAGCAGUCCCAAAAGAGAGAGAGAGAAAAUGAAAGCUGCAAAUGCAAUACACCAAAAGCUUCCAUCCAACGAUCGAUCUAUUCUAUCCUAGUCUACCUCAUAAAUGCCUUUCACAAUUUUGUCCAAAGGUCCGUCGGCGAUGUCUCUGUAUCAGCCAGCUACCGAGCCUUGUUUUCCGGCCGUCCAUAUGGCCUGAAAGUCCGCUGUAAAGUCAUCUUUCUUAGCCGGAAAUUCCCCGACCGCUCAAAAGCUCCAAUAUCCAUCGCAUUGAUUUCGUUCCAUUAACAAGAGGCCGUGUUAGCUACUACUCAGUACCGAGUUAUUUACUCUUCCCGUCUUCCCCACCAGCACCCAUCAAAUCCUGCAAGUACCAUAAUAAUACCCACUACAUGUUCUUACUAUCUUCUUCCUCUCAUCGCCAUUUCUAAAUUCUAAUGGCUUCUUCCUCUUUAUGCGCCACGAGUAUAGCUUCAAGAAGGGCGCGAGCAAACUGAACUCAUCAUCAACAAUCACUUCCCAAACGCCGAACCAGUGAAAGCAACUUCCUGCUCCGACGAAAGAAACCGCCGGGGGUAAAAAAAAAAAAAUGGAGGUCAGGAUCGUUUCCAGGGAGCUAGUGAAGCCAUCUUCCCCUGAAAUCGUACAAACGAAACCACCACACAAGCUCUGCCUCUUCGACCAGCUCACUCCCUUAACCUUCUCCCCCCUCAUUCUCUUCUACUCAAAUCCUGACACCACCAACAAUCUCACCGCCGAUUCCUUCAUCCACCGCCUGAAGCGCUCCCUGGCGGAUACUCUCAACAAUUACUACCCUUUCUCCGGCCGGACCGGGCCCCGCAACUUGUUCAUCGACAGCUUCAACGCCGGUCUUCCUUUCACUCUCGCCCAAGUAGUCGAUUGCCGCCUCGCCCAGUUUGUGAAACACAAAGAAACAGAGCUCCUGAACCUUCUCCUCUCUCGACAGCCCUUCCAGAGAGAACCCAAAAACAGAGACUCCCCUGUUUUGGAGCUUCAGGUCUCUGUUUUCACCUGCGGCGGAGUCGCCUUAGCCUGGGCCGCUUCUCACAAGCUGGUAGACGGCUCCACGUUUAAAUCCUUCCUCACUACAUUCACUGCCCUUCUCCGCGGCCAACCAAACGACAUCAUUUCCCCUGAUUUCGAACAGGCGUCGAAGCUGUUCCCGCCGAGGGACCCUUCCCCUGAAAACUACCUCAACCUGAUGGAAACCCUCUGGUUCACUGAAGAAAACUACGUAACCAGGCGGUUCGUGUUCGAUUCCAAGGCGAUCGGACAGCUGCGAGCCAUGGCCGCCGGAGGAGGAGCUGAAAUGCAGGGGGAGUCGAGCAGGAAGCUGUCUAGAGUGGAGGCGUUGUCCUGUUUCAUCUGGAAAUGCUGUAUGGCGGCGUCCAAGGCGGUUUCUUCCGCAGCCAAGACUUCGAUUCUGGUGGAGGCGGUGAAUCUCCGGCAGCUUACGAACCCCCCGAUGUCGGACGCGGCGAUCGGGGACGCGUUCUGGUGGGCGACGGCAGCGGCGAACCCGCACGAUGAUUCGGAGAUGUCGGAACUGGGGAAUCUACUGAGCGAAGCGAUUGGGUUAUACAGGAGCGAUUACGUGGAGUCACUCCAGGGAGAAGACGGGUUUGAGGCGAUGUCGGGUUACUUCGAGCAGCUCGAAGGGAUGUUUGAAGCCGAGAAGCCGGAUAUAUUCGCGUUUACGAGCUGGUGCGGAUUCGGGUUUACGGGUCAGGAUUUCGGGUGGGGGAAACCGGUUUGGGUGACGGUGAUGGGGAAAGUGGGCCGGGCUUUCAGGAAUCUGACUGUCUUUGUGGACUCGACGAACGAGAGGGGAAGCAUUGAGGCCUGGGUCACUUUGGACCAGAAGCGGAUGGAUGUUCUUGAGCGCGAUCCGAGCUUCCUUGCUUUUGCCUGCCCUAAUCCUAGGAUUUCUAGCCUUUGAGUGAAUGAAUGGUUAGAUCUCUUUGUUAUUGGUUUCCUUUUGAACUCUUAUGUUUGGAUUCAAUCAGGUUCUUUCUUGUUGUUGUUCGUCUACUUAUUAUUCGUAGUUCUUUCUAAGGUUGAUUGUCUCUUCGGAACAUAAAAUAAGAUUACUCGAGUUAAUCCAAAUGAGAAGUAUUUGAUAUAUGUCAUUGUAUCCAUGAAUACAAGAUUAAUUUUAUGCGAGAGUUAUCCUAUGCUCGAGCAAGAUCGAGAUUCAAACUGUUAUAAUGUCCUAGUAUCAAUUCAAUCCAUUUAACUUCAACUAUCUCUAGUAUUUACUUGUGUUUCUUCUAUUUGCAAAUGGAAUUACGUACGACCAUUUGCUAAUCUUCAUCUCUUAAAUGAUAGGCUUCAUCACUCAUUUCAUUCUCUCUUAUUUGUGGAGAAUGUGUUUCCUCUUUUGUUUCACCAUAGGAAAAUUGGAUUGUCCUAUACGUACAUAGUCGAAGUAAACACAUUUCACUACUUGCAGAGUGCCGCCAAAAUCCGACGAGGUGGAGUGAAAGCUUUCUAGCAUGAAGAACUGCUCAAUUAUCUAUCAAGACUCAAGAGGAGAUCUCCUUUAUGCCAAGGAAUCGCCACGUUUUCUUCUUCCAUGAUCCGUAAACAACCAUAGACAACAACGCUUGGCAAAUGGUCGCCAUUCCCAAAUGCGACAGACUUCAUCGGGUCAUUUCGUUUAUCGCCAAAAGCUGUAUUGACUUCUAAAUAAGAUUGAGCUAAGUUAUCAAACACUAUGCCCAAACGCUUCGUAUAAGUCUCAAUAUUAGCAUGCAUGCGCCUGGAUUAUGCUUGCAGGAAAUACAACUACGGCCUAACUUGAACGAGAUCAAACGAAACUUAGCCCUACCACUGGUACUCUCGAGGGGGCGGGCUACAUCAUGCUAUAAUAGUUAGCAAUACUGAAGAAGCAAGUAAUAUGUCCGUGGAGAAUCUAUUUAAUUGACCAAAACUGACACCUCUAGAUGAUCCUUGUCUUCAAUGCACAUAGUACCGCCGUUUUCCGUUAGUCUUGAAGAUCACACGAAUUAGGUUUCACAAAAAAAUGGUCGAAGGAAUGUCGUCUGUUAACAACUCGAGUUAUUGGAACCGGUUGGUUAAUAACAUGAUAUCAUAGUU